GGGCCGGAGGAGGCGGCGGCGGGGGCGGGCGCAGGGCGAGAGGGGCCGGCCCAGGGCCGCGCUACGUGUCCCGCAGCCCUUAUAGCCCCGGCCGGCCCGGCCCGCCGCGGCAGCACCAUGGCGAGCCGAGAGCACACGGGAUCCACCAACGUGGUUUACCAAGCCCACCAUGUCAGCAGGAGUAAGAGAGGACAAGUCGUCGGCACCAGGGGAGGAUUCCGAGGCUGCACCGUUUGGCUCACAGGCCUUUCUGGAGCUGGCAAGACAACCAUUGGCUUUGCUCUGGAGGAGUACCUGGUGGCUCAUGGCAUCCCCUGCUACUCCCUGGACGGCGACAACGUCCGGCACGGCUUGAACAAGAACCUGGGCUUCUCGGCCCAGGACCGCGAGGAGAACAUCCGGCGCAUCGCCGAGGUGGCGCGGCUCUUCGCCGACGCGGGGCUCGUCUGCAUCACCAGCUUCAUCUCCCCCUUCACCAAGGACCGUCUAAACGCACGGAAAAUUCACGAGGCAGCUGGACUUCCUUUCUUUGAAAUCUUUGUAGACGCUCCUCUAAAUAUUUGUGAAAGCAGAGAUGUGAAGGGCCUGUACAAAAAGGCAAGAGCUGGAGAGAUCAAAGGAUUCACGGGGAUCGACUCGGAGUACGAGAAACCCGAAGCUCCCGAGCUGGUGCUGAAAACAAACAUUGCAUCGGUGUCUGAGUGCAUCCAGCAGGUCGUGGAGCUCCUGCAGGCACAGAACAUCGUGCCCCAGGGCUCAGUCAAGGAUGUUCUGGAGCUCUUUGUGCCUGAGGAUAAGCUCAGCAGUGUCCAGGCUGAGGCAGAGAAGCUGCCAGCCCUGGAGAUCACUAAGCUGGAUCUGCAGUGGGUGCAGGUGCUGAGUGAAGGCUGGGCCACUCCUCUGACAGGAUUCAUGCGGGAGGCUGAGUACCUGCAAGUGCUGCACUUUGGCACCCUGCUCAACGAUGGCGUGGUGAACCUGAGCGUGCCCAUCGUGCUGCCGCUGUCGGCAGAGGACAAGCAGCGGCUGCAGGGCAGCGCGGCGCUGGCGCUCAGCUUCCAGGGCCGCCGGCUGGCCGUGCUGCGCCGCCCCGAGUUCUUCGCGCACAGGAAGGAGGAGCGCUGCGCCCGCGUCUGGGGCACCACCUGCCCCCGGCACCCCCACAUCCAGAUGGUGAUGGAGAGUGGAGACUGGCUGGUUGGUGGAGACCUGCAGGUCCUGGAGAAGAUCACAUGGAAUGAUGGGCUGGACCAGUACCGCCUGACCCCGCUGGCUCUCAAGCAGAAGUUCAGGGAAAUGAAUGCUGACGCCGUCUUCGCCUUCCAGCUGCGCAACCCCGUGCACAACGGGCACGCGCUGCUGAUGCAGGACACGCGGCGCCAGCUCCUGCAGAGGGGCUACAAGAACCCCGUGCUCCUGCUGCACCCCCUGGGGGGCUGGACCAAGGACGACGACGUCCCUCUGGAGUGGCGCAUGAAGCAGCACGCCGCCGUGCUGGAGGAGCAAGUCCUGGACCCCAAGUCCACCAUCGUGGCCAUCUUCCCCUCUCCCAUGCUCUACGCCGGCCCCACGGAGGUGCAGUGGCACUGCCGGGCCCGGAUGGUGGCGGGGGCCAACUUCUACAUCGUGGGGCGCGACCCGGCGGGAAUGCCGCACCCCGACACCAGGCAGGACCUGUACGAGCCCACGCACGGCGGGAAGGUGCUGAGCAUGGCCCCCGGGCUCACCUCCGUGGAGAUCCUGCCCUUCCGAGUGGCUGCCUACAACAAGCUCAAGAGAGCCAUGGAUUUCUACGACCCAAACAGGCACGAUGACUUUGACUUCAUCUCAGGGACACGCAUGAGGAAGCUUGCUCGGGAAGGGGAAAACCCCCCAGAUGGCUUCAUGGCCCCCAAAGCCUGGAAAGUCCUCACCACCUACUACCAGUCACUGGAAAAACAAAAUUAACUCCUUCUCCUCCUCCUCCUCCCUAGAAACACCUGUAUUAAUAGUGAGCAAUGAUCGAUUGAUUCCCUGUGACACAGAUCACUUGGCAUGACCCUGGGGUUUUCCUUCCUGGGCCAGAGUGGUUUUUUACCAAUCAGAAAUACUUUCAGCCUGAUCCUUCUCCCCCUAAAGCUGCUGGGAGUGUCCCCAUGGAGCUGGAAGGGAUGGGGAGCAGGCCCUUUGUUCCCAGGUGCUGCCAGGGCCACACAGCAGCUGCCAGUGCAGAGGGGACCAGGGUAUAAACCCUGCCUGUGCCCUGCCUGGAGCAGAAAUGAAGAAGUGCCUUUCCACCUUGUGCCUUAGACAGUUUUUGCUAAUUGACAGCAGAAUCUUUUUAAUGCCCCUUUUAUAAAAAGGACUUUUUAAGAUCAGCUGUGACCACCUCCAGUUCUUUGUGGCUGAGCCAACUCCUCACUGCCUCUUUCUUUCCUCCUGCUUGACCUCUUUGGUCAAACAAAUCCUGGGCUGAGCAUUCCUGCUGCUCCACGUCAGCUGCCUGUGAGGAUGUGCCAUGGUGAUCCCUGGCACAGGGAUCCCUGCACUCACAGCUGGGGAGCCUCUCCUGGCAGGCACCAUAAGCCCUGAGAUCCCUGAGAAAGCUCUGGACAGCAAGGAAAAGUCAGGGAUGCCGGCACUGUGCUUUCAGGUGUUCUCCCACCUGGCAGGAUGGGAUCCCCCUUCCCUCUGCCCACAUUUCCCCCACCCCAAAGGCCAAUCCGAGGCAAAACAGCAAAGUCACAGCACCAGGUGGGUCUGGAGAACCGGCUGAGAGGAGGCUGCAGCUCCUGCCCUCAUCCCCACCUGUGUGGGUGCAGGUGCCCUGAUUUAUUCCGUGUCUGGGGCAUGGGGACAGCCCGAGGAUGGCAGGAAACCCUUGGCCCCCAGCCCUGGGGGGUUCUGCUGCUGCUGAGCCGAGAGCCCGGUGCCGCCCCAGCCCUGGCUGUGGAAAGUCACCGCGGACAUUGUCGCCUUCCCCACCCUCACCCCGGCACGGACUUGGGCAAUGCCCCGCCUGAGGCUUUUCCGCUGAGCCUCCGAGGUGACAGAGCAGUGACACAACAGCGACAGGACAGCCGGGCUUCCCUGGGCACUGCCGGGGCUGCCAGGGACGGGGCUGCUCCCGGUGCGGUGGCAGCAGAGCAGAACAGCCUGCACUCGGUCACUGCAGCCCCACUCCGGGAUUUUUGCACCUGGCCGUGUUCAGCAGCCGCCCCCGGAGCCGUCGGGAUGUUCCCAAGGAAGGGGAAUGAGCGUUCCUCUCUUCUUGUGCUGCUGUUUGAGUUCCAGGUGGAUCCACGCUCAGCAAAACCAACCCGCUCCUGCUCGCUACCUGCUCUGCUGUGGCCAGGGCACGCUGUCCAACCUUCAUCUAUGACUGGAAAAUAUCCUUGCAAAAGGGCUUUUUGGGUGGCUUUUUAAGUCUUUUUUUUAAGCAUUUGGAGGAAAUCUGUGUUUUACCCCAAGGCAAAUGCUGCAGCCUCCGUGGGAGCUGCCAGUGCCCCAGCACCAGCCUCAGCCAGCCAGGCCCUCUGGCAGGUAGCCAAAAGUGAUAUUCCCAUUUAGGAUUUCUGAGGAGUGAAACAGCACUGUUGCUGCUCAUCCUCAAAUAAUCCUGUCCCCCACCAGUAAAUCCAGGUGGUCACAGCAAAACACAGAUGUUGUGUUACCAUUUUAAACCAGCGCAGUGUCCUGAUUACCUCUGAUUCAUUUAUAGGGGUUUAUAGUCUAUUUAUUAAAGACAUGAGACUGGAAUUUGUACCUCAGCUGAUGCAUCUCAUGAUUUAAUAUAUACUGAACUCGAUACUCUAUGAAACACUCACUUUUAGUACAAAUAAAUAUUUAUAUGUGUAA